AUGACACUCCGAAAAGGAGAGAAAAUGACCAUAAGUAUCCAGGAGCACAUGGCUAUUGACGUCUGUCCCGGCCCCAUCAAACCCAUCAAGCAGAUCUCUGACUACUUCCCUCGCUUCCCCCGCGGGCUCCCUGCCGCCGUCGGCCGCAGCAGCACCCUGCGCUCCGCCGUCAGCCAGCCCUCCGUCAGCCCGGCCGAAGCCCCUCGCGAGGAGGACGAGGACGUUGAUCAGCUUUUUGGGGCGUAUGGCACGACACCCGCCGAGCAGCCAGCCAAGUGCCAAGCACCCGAGGAGGUGGUGGACCCCGAGGGCUACGAGUCCGACGACUGCACCACGCUGGGGACGUUGGAUUUCAGCUUGCUCUACGAUCAAGAAAACAACGCUCUGCACUGCACGAUCAAUAAAGCCAAGGGCCUGAAGCCGAUGGACCAUAAUGGUUUGGCUGAUCCAUACGUCAAAUUGCACUUGCUUCCCGGAGCCAGUAAGGCGAAUAAGCUGAGAACCAAAACGCUGCGGAACACACUGAACCCCACCUGGAACGAGACACUCACCUAUUACGGCAUCACCGAUGAGGACAUGAUCCGCAAGACCCUACGGAUCUCGGUCUGUGACGAGGACAAAUUCCGCCACAACGAGUUCAUUGGGGAGACGCGGAUCCCGCUGAAGAAACUGAAGCCCAACCAGACCAAAAACUUCAACAUCUGCCUGGAGAAGCAGCUGCCGAUAGAUAAAACAGAGGACAAGUCGCUGGAGGAGCGUGGCCGGAUCCUCAUCUCCCUCAAGUACAGCUCACAGAAGCAGGGGCUGCUGGUGGGCAUCAUCCGAUGUCUCCACCUGCCUUCCCAGCUGGGACGGGUACGGGACCCACGUGUGACCGCGCUGCAUUGGUUUCGUUGCAGUUACUUGAAACCAGAUGAGGACAAGAAAUCAAAGCACAAGACAGCGGUGAAGAAGAAGACACUGAACCCCGAGUUCAAUGAGGAGUUCUGCUAUGAGAUAAAGCAUGGUGACCUGGCCAAAAAGACCUUGGAAGUCACAGUGUGGGACUACGAUAUUGGGAAAUCAAAUGAUUUCAUAGGUGGGGUUGUGUUAGGAAUUAACGCCAAGGGCGAGCGCCUGAAGCACUGGUUCGACUGCCUGAAAAACAAGGACAAGAAAAUCGAGCGCUGGCACACGCUAACGAACGAGCUGCCGGGGGCCGUCCUCAGCGACUGA